AUGAAGAUCCUUCCUGUAGUGCUCAUUUCUGCAGCUUUUUUCAUUUUCGGCGCCCUGGCAUCGGGUGACGUAAUACCCGUUUCGGAUGAUUUUAGUUCGAAAAUUAAUUUAAAUUCAGUUCCACAGUCCCAAUCGGUAACUGAAGGCCAAGAGGUUGAGUGGAAGGCGGUCUUUUAUCCGAUGGUAAAGCCCCUCAUGAAGUAUGUCGAGGAGUGUCAUGACAAGGAAUCGCAGUUCAAAAAAGAAUACUCAGAGUUGCAGAAAAAGUACACGGACUUGCAGGAAAGCUAUUCCGACUUGCAAAGAAGGGAACUGGAGAAGUCUACCCUUAUAUCACAUUUACAAAAGGAUAAAUCGGACUUGCAAAAUAGGGAAUACUCAGAGUUGCAGAAAAAGUACACGGACUUGCAGCAAAAGGGUCUGGAAAAUUAUGACCAGUUAUCAAAGUUCCAGAAAAACUACUCCGACUUGCAGAAAGAGUAUUCAGAUUUGCAGAAAAGCCAUUUGGACUUGCGGAACAGGAAGGUGAUUGAAGUUGAAAAUCUAAAAUCUCAAAUUGGUUCAAAAAACGUGGAGAUCAAAUUACUAAAAGAUCAAAUAAGUGAAUUAAAUAAAACAAAUGAACUUGCUACAAAAAUACUCCGCGACGACAUUGCCAAAUUGGGCGAAAUAUUGAGGAAAAAAAAUUCGGAUAAUGGAACAGCAAGUCCAUUACCAAUCAGGACAGUCCAGCAACAACCUCCACCCUCCAAAGAUCGGUGUCCGCAAAUCCAAAAUGAAACUAGGAUCGUCCAAGAAAUCCAAAUUCCAGGUUCAGAUCCAUUUAAAGUGGUCUGUUACUCAAAUGAGGAGAUUGGUUCUGGUUGGAUGAUGGUUUAUAACCAUUGGGAUAAAACAAAUUAUUUUAAUCGCACGUAUGAGGAAUUUGAAAGAGGAAUCGGAAAUAUCGGGACGCAUUAA